CCCUCUGCUAAACGACUCACAAGAAAAUACCGACAGUAGCGGUCGCUAUGCGUUGACUUCAUUUAUAAAAUCCAUCGUCGCGAUAUUUCUAACAUGGCCGCAUGUUAGUUGCUGAUUUUUUCUUUAUUGUUUGCCAAUGAACGUACAUUUAGUAGUGGUGUUUGGUUAAGAAAUCAAGAUUUGUUGUCAACGAUUAUUAAUACGUACUGGAACUCUACUGUAAUUUGAUAAAACGCUAACGCCGGUUGAAUAGGUGCACUCCCAAACUUGUCGAGAUUUCAGUUAGAAUUUUUUAUUAUUUCGUUUCUAUUAUCAUGCUUCAAGAGCAUCACAUAAAUCAAAACAGCAUGCAGAGAAAUCCAAGAAUGGGAAUGCAGCAAAUGGGGCCGCCUCCGAAUCAACGAACUCCUAUGAUUAUGAGCAUGCCUGCAACUGGGGUACUUGUCUCAAUGUCACCUGGGCCUGGCCCUGCUCUUAUAACCACAACGUCAAUCCCACAACCACAAGCUAAACCAAACCUCCAGCAGCCCCAAGUUUAUCAUUACGAAGCACCACCUACACAACCUGUCCCGCAUAAUCAACAGCCAGAGCCAGACCAACAUUCACAGCAACCACAGUCACAACAGCUCAUAAAUAACCAAGAUCAACAACAAUUGAACCAAAAUUGUCCAAACACUAGUACUUCUACAGCGCCCAACAUGACUUUGGCAAACAUAAAAGAAAAAACACCCAUGUGCUUGGUAAAUGAAUUAGCAAGGUACAAUAAAAUUCAACAUCAAUAUCGGCUAACGGGAGAACAAGGGCCCGCACACAAAAAAAUAUUCACAGUUACCUUGAAAUUGGGUAAAGAGGAAUAUGAAGCCGAGGGUCCUAGCAUUAAGAAGGCCCAACAUUCCGCAGCCGCUAAAGCAUUAACCAAGACCGAAUUUAAGCAUCCACCACAGAAAACAAUUAUUAACAGGCCUGGCAAUAGACCCUCGAAUCCAGGUGUUGUCACUCCAACAGUCGAACUUAAUGCUUUGGCAAUGAAAAGGGGAGAACGUACAGUGUACGUUGUUGAAGGUGGAGGGGCACCACCCCAUCAGGGCUAUAUGAACCAGCCGAGUUAUUAUCCAAGACACAAUCUCAACUAUCCCCAGGCUCAACCCAGAUAUGGAUAUGACGCCCGGCGUAAUAUCAGAGGUCAUUACACAUAUGACAAUAGGUAUUAUGGCCAAUUCAGACCUGGGGCACCCCAUCAUAAUCCGGGUGACCCAUAUACUGUAAGGUUAAGAGUGGGGGAACGAGAGUAUCCAGGUACUGAUUACGGUCAUGGAUACACCGUGCAAGCAGCACGGCAUGAUGCUGCAGCCAAAGCUAUAGAGCAUAUAAAACAACUCGGUGUAGUGGAUGGUACUGAUAAUCCGACAAGUUCUGAAAACGGGCAAAUAAAUAAUGACCAACAAACCAUGUCGAAUUCGUUAACCAAUGAUGUGAAUUCGGAAUUAAAGUCUCCCAUUUCGUUGGUUUACGAGAUAUCUCUAAAGAGAAAUCUGAAUGUUACAUUUGAAGUUUUGAGCGAAAAGGGUCCGCCGCACAUGAAGGUUUUCGUGACGCAGUGUAGGGUCGGUGACUUUCUGGCAGAAGGGGAAGGUAAUGGGAAAAAGAUUUCGAAAAAAAGGGCUGCCGAAAAGAUGCUGGAGGAAUUAUCCAAGUUGCCACCUCUUCCCAAUGUGGCGAACAUAUCGCAAAUGAAACGCAAAAGGGUUACUAACAAGAAAAAAACACGGAACCUCAUUAAAGUGAAUAUGGAUAAAAAUUCGGAAACGCCUGAAGAAAUUAAUCCCAUUUCUCGUCUCAUCCAAAUUCAACAGGCUAAUAAAGAAAGAGAACCAGUUUACACGGUGUUGGAGGAACGCGGGGCGCCUCGCAGACGAGAGUUCGUUAUCGAGGCUUCGGUUAACGGUCACUCCUGUACGGGAGUCGGGCCUAAUAAAAAGGUGGCGAAACGCAACGCCGCAGAUGCGCUGUUAACUGAACUCGGUUACAGUACCGCAGGAUCCAAAUCUCAGACACAAAACAAAAGCGAUAAGGAGGUUGAUGCGUUAAUUGGCAGCAAUGACAAAAAUCGUAAGGUCACUUUUGUGGAGGAGAAGGUUGAACAGCCUCCCGCCCAAUCGAUUGGCGGCAGCGGCGGACGUCAGCUUGUACCGGGGGUUCUGUUGGUUACUGAGCAAAACGCGGGAUUCAGUAAACCGAAAACUGAGAAUAUUGAACAAAAACCACCUGUUCAGAUGCAACCAGCGACGAUGAAAAAUCCUCCGCCAGGGGUCAGAUCCAAAGAUCAGUUGUUGUAUUUGGCCCAGUUGAUGAACAUUCAGGUCCAGUUUUCAGAUUUCCCAAAGGCAAAUCAUGAAAUGUAUUUGACUCUGGUAAGUCUAGGAACAAAUCCGACUCAAGUUUGUCAUGGUGAAGGCCCCACGACGGAAGCAUCUCACGAGAAAGCGGCUUUAGAAGCUUUAAAGGUUCUUUCCGAGUUGGGCCUCGACAUUGCCCCCAAGGACGGCAAUGCCCAAAUAGAGAAGUAGAAAACUACAUUAGUUCGCUUGUUUUUUUUCGUACAAAAGAAAGUACAUGUGUUUAUUGGUUUCCUUAGAAUACCUGUUUGAUUUAUUACCAUUUGACCUCGGUUAUAGUAUUAGUAGUGACUAACCAUGUGCUUUGGACUACUGAGGUUGCGUCUUGAGAAAUUUUUAAUUAUUUAUUUUUGAACGGAAUGAAACAAACUCUUCGAAGAAACAUAAUUUGCAUAAGUUUGAUAAACUUUGAACUCUUUGUAGACUAUACCAAUGAAUGUGGCUAUUUUACAUAACGAUGAAAAAUUUCUUUACUUACCUUUCGGAGAGUUGAAAAACUCCACGUAUUUUUGCGGUAUCCUUUUUCAUUGGUACAGACGUCAACUACUGGGAGUUCCAUGUGGCCAUGUCAAUUCAUGGAUAACUUUGAACUUUUAUUACUCUCAUAUUUAUGUGAUGUAGUUAUUAUUUUUUUGAUUUCAAGAACAGCAUAGUUUAAUAGUAAUCAAAAACAUAAAUAUAUUAGGUGAAUAGUUAAAUCACCAACAUUAAAACCCCCCUGAAGAACUCUGACGCGUUUAGUAGUUGUAGUUUGUGGUUGAAUCCCAAACGGACAUUCAGCUAUUCAAAAAUUCGAAAAUUUGGAACUCACAUUUAAUGGACCAGAGCGAGAAGACCUUAAGGACAGUAAUACCCAAAUGAAGAAGUAGAAAUGUUCAUUACCGCGCUUAUUUACUAAGUACUAGUGUUAAAUGGUUUCAUUAGUAGUAAGUAACCAUGUGCGUUGGAGUGUAGAGAUUGCGUUUUGAGAAAUUUUUAAUUAUUCAUUUUUGAACGGAAUGAAACAAGUUCUUCGAAGAAAAAUGAUAUAUAUAAGUUUGAUAAACUUUGAACUCUUUGUAGACUAUACCAAUGAAUGUGGCUAUUUUAUGUGACUGAGAAAUUUCUUUACUUAUUCUUCAAAGCCUUUAAAAGUAUCCUCGUGUUUGCAGUAUCCUUUUUCAUUGGUACAGAAGACGUCAACUACUGGGAGUUCCAUGUGGCCAUGUCAAAGAAAAAAAUUAAAAAAAAACAGAAAAAAAAGAAAAAUGUUGCAUUAUUCAUAUACUUGGAUAACUUAGAAUUAUUAUUAAUCUCAUAUUUAUGUGAUGUCAUUAACAUAUGUGAAGUAUAUGAAAUGAUUUCAUGUAUGACAUAUAAUUCUGGUUAUUGCUUGCACUGUAUAUUUCAAAAAAAGAAAAAAAGAAAGGCAGUGUUUACCGCAUUUCGUUUUAGUUACAGGGCGACCGAAAACGAAAUCGGGUCCAGUAGUUCAGAAUUGAUUUGUUCCACUAGCAUUUCGAACAACGUAAAAGCUGCAUAAAUGUUUUUUUUUUAAUUAGCGUCCAUAUAGCGACGCAUUUAUCCAUUUUGAUUAAAAGUUGCAAAUUUAAAGUUUUCUUUGGCAAAUUUAGCCGAAUGUAGCUUUAGACACUUGAAUUUUACCAUACGACAAUUCUGAUCUGCUGAAAUGUAUUUAUUUCACUUAUUGUUUGUAGAUUGAUUUCAUUAUUCCGGGGCCUUUGGAUUGAACUGUUGUGUAUUGUAGUUUAAGAACUAGAUCAUAAUUCUUCUGUAAUUUGGAUAUAAAGUAAGCAUGUAGCCUCAUUUGAAUUUGAAAUCAAUAAACAGUAUCACCAAA